GGCGAAUGGCCCCCAGCUCCAGCGGCCACCGAGACGGAUCCCAGCAGCAGAAGGACCCGGCGCCAACACUGGGGCCACAAUCUGGGCCCAGCUAGGCCCAGGUACGCUACCUCUGGCUCCGGAAUAUAACCGCAAUAUACGAUCUCCCCCCCAUGAAUUUUUUCACUCACUAAGCAUCACUUAAUUUUUUUCUUCGGCGGCGCUUUAUUUGUUUGUGCUCGGUGCGUUUCUGUCUAUUCUGUAUAUAUAGAGAUGCGUCGUCCAGUUGAGAAUUGGGCAAGAUUUUAUUCUCAUUUUCAGGGCAGCAGAUUUGAUAGAGCGAUUGUAACUUUCUCCUGGAAGAAUAGGAAUCGGACGCGAACAAGCCCGCUGAAGCAUUUAUCGACUGUUCACUGUUGACCGACUACUGCUUCGACAUCUGCCUACUCUUUCGACCCGAUUGACAUUCCUGGUCUUGUACUAUUAUUAUCGCAGCUGGAUUUUGCUUCCACCCGCCAGAAUUUGUCGCUACGCCGCCUACCACCACGGCCCUUCCACACUCGACACCACCAUCUCUGUGCCGUGUCCAGACGUAUCUAGAUCGUGAGCUCAACUUCUCCACGUCCGUAUUGAAAUCGUAGCCGUGUCCAAUUUUCAGUAGAGCUCGAUUCCACGACACAAAUACAUUUACAUUCCAUCACCAAUUCCACCGAUUUCCAUCAUACCAUAAUCGCAAUCUCACAAGGACGUUACGGAAUUUUGCCUACACCAGAUCAAGUCGAUAUAUUUAAUCAUACCAAGUUUCGGUAUUCCAUAUUUAACUACUGCUUCUAAUUCCGUCAUUUCUGCGGAUAUUUAUUAAUACUUCUAAAAUCGGUUCGCUCAUUCACAUCCAACACAGCCAUGCUGAUGAGUCUAAAUAAACCCCUCAACGGCCUGCUCCACCAUGUCCACCACUCGCCCAGCUUGACCCAACACGAGUUAUCGCAACAGCAACAGCCUAUGCUAGCACCACCUCCUCCAGGCUCUGUGGCUCCCCCACCACCACCUCCACUGGCUGCUGCUGCUGCCGCCGCUGCUGCAGCUUCUGUCGGAGCUCCCAAUAUCCUCAGCGAGACGACGGCAGCUACGUGGCUUGCUAUUGGUUCACUUGCAGAGUCGCUUGGCGACAUCGAUAAGGCUCUAGCUUCGUACGACUCGGCUCUAAGACACUCGCCCAACAAUCCCGAGGCACUCAUCAAACUCGCCAACAUCUACCGCUCCAAAGACGUUUUCUUCAAGGCUGCUGAGCUCUACGAACAGGCACUUAACUAUAAUCCUGAGAACGGUGAAACCUGGGGACUCUUGGGCCAUUGUUACUUGAUGCUCGACGACUUGCAAAGAGCCUAUGCCGCUUACCAAAGGGCUCUUUACUACUUGGACAACCCCAAUGUGCCCAAAUUGUGGCACGGAAUCGGAAUCUUAUACGACCGUUACGGCUCUCUUGAGUAUGCCGAAGAAGCCUUUGUCAGAGUCUUGGAGUUGGACCCCAAUUUCGACAAGGCCAACGAGAUCUACUUCCGUUUGGGAAUCAUUUACAAGCACCAAGGAAAGUUGCAACUGGCUCUUGAGUGUUUCCAGUACAUCUUGAACAACCCACCCCAUCCAUUGACUCAGCCAGAUGUCUGGUUCCAGAUCGGCUCAGUCUUGGAACAGCAGAAGGACUGGGUAGGAGCCAAAGAUGCCUAUGAAAAAGUACUCCAGGUCAAUCCACAGCACGCUAAGGUGUUGCAGCAAUUGGGCUGUUUAUACUCACAGGCAGAAUCGAGCCCUUCUACACCUUCACAAAAUGGAUCUGGCGCGGCUCAACCGUUCCAGCAAGACUUGAACAUUGCACUCAAGUACUUGAUGCAAUCGUUGGAAAUCGACAAUAGCGAUGCUCAUUCCUGGUACUACUUGGGCCGUGUCCACAUGAUCCGAGGCGAUUUCAAUGCUGCUUACGAAGCGUUCCAACAGGCCGUGAAUCGCGAUCUGAGAAACCCCACAUUCUGGUGUCUGAUUGGUGUUCUCUAUUACCAGAUCUCACAGUAUAGGGACGCUCUUGAUGCCUACACUCGUGCCAUUCGUUUGAAUCCAUACAUUUCUGAGGUUUGGUACGAUUUGGGAACCUUGUACGAAACAUGCAACAACCAGAUCUCAGACGCUCUCGAUGCCUAUAGACAGGCAGAGCGUUUGGAUCCAGGCAAUCCUCACAUCAAGGCUAGAUUGGAUCAACUUAUCAAGUACCAACAGGAGGGUAACACCCAUCCUCCACAACCUCCUCCAGUUAGCCAACAGCCUAGAUUGCCUCAAGGAAUGGUUUUGGAGAGUAGCCAACAGCAGCAGCAACAACAACCCCAGCAAUCUCAGCAACCUGCGCAACCUUCUUUACAACCUCAACCUCAACAACAGCAGCAGCCACAACAAUCCCAACAAUCUCACCAGCCUGCUCCCCCACACUUGCUAGGUAACCAACCAGGUCUGUUGCCUCCACCUCCACCACAACAGGUUCAACAGAUUUCGCAACCACCUCCACCUGUUCCAGCUCUUCAACAACUUCCACCACAACAACAGCAACAUCUUCAAAGAGCUCCCACUCCUCCACAAGUACAGCCUUUACAGAGACUUCCUGGAAACAUAGAACAGCCUAUUCAACAAUUUCCUCCAGUGACGGCGCCACAGCGUCCAGCCACUGAACUUGCUCCAGCAAACGGAAAACACGACUUGGAAGAGAAACUCGACAAUCCUGUCAUCAAAAAAUUAUCUUCAGAAAGAGUUUCUCCAAGACCUGCUCACAACAGCUUGAACUCUCUUAUGAACGCAGCUGCUUCUGUAGAACAAGCCGAGGUAAAAACGAAUGGAGAUAUAAAACAGGAAGCUCCACAUCCUCAACAUCCAGUAGUUCUGCAAGCUACUCCAGUUGCUCCUGCACCUCCUGUUGAAGCUGCACCAGCUGUUGCUUCAGUUGAACCAGUUCAGCCAAAGGCUCCAACUGUAGCAGCUGAAAAUGCACCAGCACCACCACAAGCACCAGUUGCUCCUAUUCAAAACCAAGCAGGGACUCCAGCUGUGACUGUUUUGGCAUCUGCUCCUCCUGUGGCACCCGCACCAGCACCAGUGCCAGCAUCUGAACCUUCCCCUGCUAACGGUGCAGCUCCAGAAAAUGCCCCGGUAGCUGUUCCUCAGUUUUCUUCUAAUGUCACUGGCAAGGAAGAACAAAAGGAUACAUCUAGCAAUGGCAACGAAGAAGAGGAAGUAGAAGAGAAGAAGGACGAAGUAGUAGAACCUCCAAUGAGAAAAGUUGAAGAAGACGAAAACUACGAUGACGAAUAGCCUGCUUUCAUUGGUUCUGCUUUGUGAAAAUGUUAGAUUCUAUAUACUUGGGGGAGGUUUUCCACAAUGUAUAUAUGUACUUUUGAAUGCUCUGUAUUAUUUAGCUUAAUUGAUAUAACUAGUGUAAUUGAUAUGUAAAUUUUAUUCUUCGACAGCUGGAUAUCCUCCUGGUAAGUCAGUUAACUCUGCUGGUAAUUCUCCCAAGGCUCCUGUCAACUCAAGUUCCACCUCUAUGUCGGUAUCGUUGUCCUGGUCACGAUACCAAUCACGAAGCUGUUCAAGAUUGAGGUUAUCUUCACCUCCUGUGUAGACAAAUGAAUCUUUUCUAAGGACUCGUAUGUCAGACAACUCGAUAGCUUUCCUGUGUGCCAUGUAGAGAUUGAACAUAUCUUUGACCAAAACUACUCCUACCAACCCUAUUAUAUUGCUCACAAGCAUCAACUUGGCUGGAGUGAUGGACUUAUCCAGAAAUUGCAAAUUCUUGAAAAGGAGCAGGAACACCACGGCUCCUACUUUUGAGCUUAGAUAUGGCCAUAAGACCGUUGUGAUCAUACGGAUAGUGGACGACUUGUUAAGUAAUGAAUGGGAAAAGUCAUUCUUCAAACAGGCAGACACAUUGCAAUAGCUAAGAAAGGCUCUGGUUUUGAUGUAGUCCUGAAAGUAGUUGAGAUUAUAAAGUCUCAGUAAUAGAAGAAAGCUACGUUUAAUAUUCACGUACAACAAACCAAUCAAAGGUACCUUAUAGAUAGAGUUGGUACUUUGCUUGACUUCUGCCUUCAAUUCGGAGUCCACAGUGAGUUGAACAUGGCUGUACAAUCCAGACAACUUGGCCAACUGGAAGAUAGUGUUUUCCAUUCUAUUGAUUUCUUCUUCGUUCAUGGAGUUGGCGAUCGUUCUAGGGCGCGAACUCAUGGUGUUGUUCAAAUGGGCU